ACCUGAUUCAGCGAGCUUUGGCUGCUGGUACCUGGUUAAUGUUAUGGAGUGUGAAAGGGGAUACGAAAAAUAUUUACAUUAGCCAUGGAUCCCCGCCACAGUGCCCAAGAUGUCGUCCGAUGUGACCUUUGUGAGACAGCUAUAGUACAGAUGUACUGCGAUCUCUGCCACGUCAACCUUUGCUUUGCCUGUAUAGGAAAACACAUUGCUGAUGACUAUGACAAACACAAAGUGGUCCCAUUCCAAAAUCGAAAAUCAACCUUGAUCUAUCCAAAGUGUAGUACACAUCAAAACAAAGUCUGUGAAUUUCAUUGCAAGGAAUGUGACAAAUCUGUCUGUUCCUUCUGUAAUGAUAACUUGUUGUCCUCUGAUAAACAUAAGGGUCAUACAUUUUUUAUUCUAUCCGAAAUCUACAAGGAAAGAAAGGCAGACAUUACAAAAGAUUCAGAGGAGAUAGAAAACAUUAUUUCUCCAACAUAUGAAGAAAUGGCCACUGAUUUAGAAACUCAAAUAACCAACUUGGAUGGAGAAUAUGUGAAAUUCACAACAUUAGUUACAAAACAUGGAGAGGAAUGGCACAAAGAAAUUGACAAUGUCAUCAACAAAAUGAAAAAGGAAAUAAAAGAGAUGAAAAUCAAACACCUGGAAAUUCUGAAGAAACAUUUGGAUGAAAUUAAGCAGAUACGGUCCCUUAUUGAGCAAUCACUGAUUACUCUGACGAAAAUGGAGGAAUCCAAUGAAGUGUCUGUGAUCAUGGAAUACAAAUCCCAAAACAAAGAAUUAAAAAAACUUCCUCCCAAAGUCCGAGUCUCACUGCCUACAUUUAGUCCAAACACGGUAGACCGUGAACAGCUUUACAAGUCACUUGGUUCUCUAAGACCAUUAUCAUUUACCACAUAUGAAAAUGGCUACACACUGAAGAAAGCAGAAACCUCACCCAAAGAACUGAUGGACGAACCAGAGCUUGUCACUACAAUGAAUACUGGGUCUAAAAGCCUCCGCAGUGUCACCUGUCUGAGUGAAGAAGAAUUCUGGACAAGUGGAGAGGUCAGUGAUAUGAAAUGCUUUAAUGUUCAAGGUACUGUUAUCAAUACAAUCAAAACAAAAUCAGGGGGACGGCCGGGUGAUAUAGCAGUGACCAGUGAUGGGGAUCUAGUCUACACUGAUAAGACAACAGAGACUGUGAAUAAAGUGAAGAGUGGACAGACAGAGGAGGUGAUCAAAAUACACGACUGGAUACUCAAACAGCUAUGUGUCACCUCCUCUGGCGAUAUCCUGGUUACCAUGCAUAGUGAUGAUAAAACACAAUCCAAAGUUGUCCGUUACACAGGUUCCACAGCGAAACAAACAAUCCAGUAUGAUGAUGAGGGUAAGCCUCUAUAUUCAGGAAAUAAUGCAAUUAAAUACAUAAGUGAGAACAGAAACCUGGAUAUCUGUGUGGCUGACUGGGAAGCUGGUGCAGUAGUGGUGGUCAACCAGGCUGGAAAAUUUCGAUUUAGAUACACUGGUCAUUCUUCUACGAUCAAAAACAAAGCAUUUAUACCCCGGGGAAUCGCAACAGACAGUCAGAGUCAGAUCCUGACAGUAGACUGUUUCAACUACUGUAUCCACAUCCUGGACCAGAAUGGACAGUUCCUCCGCUAUAUAGAUAACUGUGAUCUGAAGGACCCAUAUGGUUUAUGUGUGGGCAAAAGUGAUAACUUGUUUGUUUCUGAGUAUCAUAGUGGACUUGUCAAGAAAAUCAAAUAUCUACAUUAAGUAGUAUUUUUAUAUCAACGCUAGAGACACAAUGUUCAACUUCAAAGUAUCGACCUAAAUCUAUUUCUAAAAAAUGCAAAUAUUUUGAGGUAUUCACUGGACUAUCCACUCCUUCCUAUCCUACCAAUGAAAACAACGUCAAUGGCAUGAUCCCAUGAAAGAUGUUUACUUUUUGAAACUCCACACAUAACAAACUUUGCUGACAGGAGAUCUUAUUAGUAUACUUCACAUAAGUGAUUUCCCCUCACAAAUAAAGUUGAGGGUAGAUGUGCAGUGGCAUCUUUCUGUCCAUCCAUUGGUAAACAUUUUUGCAGAUAGUAUUGCUGAACAUGUAUUUUCCUCGAGACUUUAGGAAAGUAUGUAUUUUAUGUAUAUCCCUGCACUUAUUUUUAGAUUGAUGUGUUUAUUUUUGAAGAAAUAUGCCUAUUUUGAAUAUCUAUAACAU